UAUUUUUUGCAGACCAAUAAAUCCACUUAUGUUAACGAUUUUCAUGAGUCCAUCAAUUAAAAAGAAAUAUCCGAAAACCCUACAGCAAGAAGCCAUAACAUCAACCUUCCAAUAAUCCCACUCUCCUUUUCCUUUUCACUUUUUUUUUCCCCCUAAUUCCGUCCAUUUUCACCAAUUCCCCAAUGCUGCCUUUAUCUUCUCUUACAAUCUUUAUUCCCAGAAAAAUUAAAGCUAGCACAAAACGAAAAUGGUAACAACUCAAAAACCAAAAAAAUCUUGAAAAAAUAUAGCGAAAUCAGCUGCAACUUCUCUUCAAUUUACUCCAUGGGACGUCCGCUUCUCUCCGCCGCGCUACUCUCUCUCCUCCUGCUCACCUUCUCUCUCUUCUCAGAGGUGGAAACGACGACGUUCAAGCUCGUGAAUAGAUGCCGGCGUACGAUAUGGCCGGGGAUACUAACGGGCGCCGACCGCCCGGUUCUCAACCCGACCGGGUUCGCUCUCAAGAGCGGGAGCUCCAGAACGCUCCGGGCGCCCCGAUCGUGGUCGGGCCGGGUCUGGGCGCGGACCCACUGCGCCACCGACUCAACCGGCAAAUUCUCGUGCGCCACUGCCGAUUGCGCCUCGGGGAGGGUGGAGUGCGGCGGCGCCGGCGCGAUCCCGCCGGCGACGCUGGCGGAGUUCACCCUCAACGGCGAUCAGGGGCUGGAUUUCUACGACGUGAGCCUCGUGGACGGGUACAACAUCCCGAUGCUUAUAAUCCCUAACCCUAAGGGGGGUACAACCACGGGCAGCAGCAGCCGGUGCACCUCGACGGGGUGCCUCGUUGACCUCAACGGCGCGUGCCCUAGGGGGCUCGCGGUGGCGCGUGGGAGCGGCGGCCGCGAGAUCGUCGCGUGCCGGAGCGCGUGCGAGGCGUUCGGCGAUCCGGCGUUCUGCUGCAGCGAGGCGUACAACACGCCGGAGACGUGCCGGCCGUCGGCGUACUCGCUCUACUUCAAGAGCGCGUGCCCGCGCUCCUACAGCUACGCCUACGAUGACAAGACGAGCACCUUCACCUGCGCCGGCGCCGAUUACAUCAUCAUCUUCUGCCCCUUGCCCUACACCAGCAUGAAAUUUCUGGAGACACGAAAGGAAACAGCCGAUUUGCCUCUAGUUAACAAAACCAUGAUGUACGUUGGGAGGCAUCGCUCGUUGCUGUCAUCAUCGCCAGGUUUGAACCCCUGAACGUGCUCUUUUGGCGUCUGCUAUGGUUAAGUGACAUUUUUCGUCUCUUUCAGGCUGAGAAGCAAUAGUGGUAGAUGAAGAUUUUGAUCAUUUUGUAGUGAGCGCGCUCAUUUGUUUGAGGGCGAUCAUCAUUAUCACGCUGACACGAUUAUGAGCAAUGAAGAUAAGGCAUCUCUGUACAUAGGUUACUUGCUCUCUGUAUUUUCUUGAUUUAGGGCUGUGCACUAGAGAUGAUGAUGAUGAUGAUGCUAUGCUAUCUCUAUUUUUGCUUCA